AUGGCUGCUGCUCUCGUUGAUCGCGUCACUGAUCUGUUCAAAUCCAACCUCGAUAUCAAUGCCUCCACCCCCGAGGUGACUUCCGAGAAAAAUUCUCGAGUUGACGUCGUAGAAGUCGUUAUCGACACUCCGAAGCAGCCAGAAAUCGAUUAUCACCCGAACGAGGCUCAAUGGAAGGCUCGAACUGCUCGUCGUCUCGCUGAGGACCCUUCGCUGCCCCAGACAGCCCUUCCGGCAGGAUUCCCCAAGAAACUCGAGUCGCCACUCGUUUGGGAUGAAAAGGACUGGACGGACGCGUCGCAGUGGGAGUACAAGCUCUCUGCGGAGCAGCUGAAGGAGAUUGACGACGCUGUCAAGCACUUCAAAAGUCUGAACAAGCCCUUCGGCUACCUCUCUCCCUCGACCUUCCCUCUCCCCACCCUAGGCCCCAUCCUCAAGGACCUCUCACACGAGCUACACAACGGACGCGGCUUCUUCGUCGUCAAGACCAUCCCCAUCGACUCCUACACCCGCGAAGAGAACACCAUCAUCUACGCCGGCGUCUCCUCGCACGUCGGCGCCCUGCGCGGCGUGCAGGACAAGGGCGUCUCCGUCGUCGGCCACAUCAAGGACCUCACGGCGACGCACCCGCUCAAGACGAUCGGCGGUCCGGCGUACACGACGGACAAGCAGGUGUUCCAUACGGACGCGGGGGAUAUAAUAUCGCUGUAUGUGCUGGAGACGGCGGCGGAGGGGGGUACGUCGAGGAUUAGUAGUAGCUGGAGGGUGUAUAAUGAGUUGGCGGAGACGCGCCCGGAUUUGAUCAAGACGCUUUCGGAGCCGUGGCCUUUCGAUGGGUACGGUGUGCUGCCUUCAUCUUCACGCUCAGCCUCUUUUACCCUCUCCUUCUUUCGAUGUUUUCUUCCUUCAGGUUCGGAGGCACACCAGCGUACACCAACCGCCCGCUCCUGUUCCACACCGACAACAAGAUCAUCAUCCAAUACGCCCGCCGUCUCUUCACCGGCUUCCUCGCCCUGCCUCGUUCAGAGGGUAUCCCGCCCAUCACCGAGGCGCAGGCCGAGGCGCUCGACGCCAUCCACUUCCUCGCGGAGAAGCAUGCACUUGGGCUCAGCUUCGAGAAGGGCGACAUCCAGUACAUCAACAACCUCAGCAUAUUCCAUGGUAGGGAUGGGUUCAAAGACACCCCGGAGCGCACACGGCACCUCCUCCGCCUCUGGCUCCGCAACGAAGAGCUCGCGUGGAAGCUUCCCUCCGAACUCGAAUCGGUGUGGCAGAAGAUCUACUAUACCUCGACGCCCGAUACCGAGCGCUUCCCGCUGGAACCCGAGUUGCGCGGCUCGUCGACGCUGGGAGGGGCGAAGUACACGGUCGAUAAUAACUUAG